GAAGAGGGAGCGUUUUAACGCGGAGCAGAGGCAGCAGCAGCAGCAGCAGCAAAGCUCUGCGCACAGCAGCUCUCUCUCUCUCUCUCCAUCUCUCUCUCUCUCUCUCUCUCUCUCUCUCUCUCUCUCUCUCUCUCUCAUCCACUGGAUCUGGGGGGCAACAAGCAGCGCGCCAAUGGAGCUGAUCUGAGGGGACGCAGCGCAGCCACGGUUGACCAGGACUGAGCUGAAGAUGUGCAGACACUGAGGAAGAGGAAGGCGAGGGAGCGGUAGGCAGCAUGGGUGACGGAGGAGCCCUGCGUACAGAGGGGAACGCCCUCCUGAAGGCUGUGUUCCAGGGCAAGCUUCGUCUCGCUCGUCUACUGCUGGAGGGGGGGGCGUACAUCAACGAGGGCAAUGAGCGAGGGGAGACGCCCAUCGUUGCCGCUUGCCUGGCAGGGUACGACGACCCACAGACCCGCCAGAGAAUGGUGCGAUAUCUGUUAGAGAAAGGUGCUGACCCAAAUAUCCCUGAUAAAACCGGCAGGACUGCUUUGAUGCAUGCGUGUGCAGAGCGUGCAGGCAAAGAGGUGGUGUCGCUGCUGUUAGAGAACGGAGCUGACCCAAGUCUUAAAGACUAUUCUGGGUCAUCGGCUUUGAUACACGCCAUCAACAAAGGCGACAGAGAAACCCUGCAGAUCCUUCUAGAUGCCUGUAAAGCUAAAGGCAAAGAAGUGAUCAUCAUAACCACAGAUACGUCCCCCUCGGGCACCAAGAAGACCAAGCAGUACCUGAACUCUCCACCUUCUCCAGGCGUGGUGGACAAACUCUCACCUGCCUGCAUGUCUCCGUCGGAAGUCGAGAUCCGCACGUCGAGCUCUCCCGCUGGAGAAGAGGAGGAGGGCAUCUUCAGCUUCGCUCUGACCACAGCCCUACCGCUACCUUCCAACAGACCACCAGGUGAGAGGAGACCACCACCACGUAAACUCCUCAAAAGGCUGAACUCAGAGCCUUGGGGCUUGGUGGCUCCAAGCAUACUUGCUGAAAGAGGGGAGCGGGUGGAGAGUGACCUAGCAGAGGAGGAGAAGGUGACGACCGAGAUGAACGGCCUAUCGAUCUCCGGUCCCGGCAGACCUCUGCUCUCGCGCAGACACAGCAUCGAGACUCACGACCCCUGUUCUCCAAAGCUGAUUGACCGUUCAUGCUCAGAAGACUGUGCUGCACUCUCUGGCUCCUCCUGGGCUGACAAAGUCCAGCAGCAUCAGUCGCUGUAUCGCAGGAACACAGCACCCGAGUCACAGGAGAAUGCCACCCACCCACCAGGGGCCACCCGCACACUGGCCCACCCUAAACUUACCCGCAUGGAGCACUACGAGUCAGACACGCACCUGUGUCCCGAGUCCAUCCCUGGAUCUCCAGACUCUGGCCGAGUGUCCGUGGAGCGCCGAAAGUACAACGCCUCGCCGCUGUCCCUGCUCACCAGCUCCUCCCGAGAGUCGCUGGAGAGCAUCCCAAACUCGGUAUCUCCCAUUACCAUGAGGAGGAGGCCCCCAGGCCUGCUGGAACGCAGAGGCUCUGGCACGCUCCUCCUGGACCACAUCUCGCACACACGGCCUGGAUUUCUUCCUCCCCUUAACGUCAACCCCCAGCGGCCCAUACCAGACAUCCGUGCCAAUGGAAAGCCCACCUCACCAGUGCACUCCAGCACCAAGAUCCUGCUGCCCGUAGCCCCCUCCUCACCAAAACGUGGAAUGGACUUCAAGAUGAAGAAGAAGCUGUUGAGGAGGCACUCAAUGCAGACGGAGCAGAUGAAGCAGCUCUCCACAUUUCGAGAGAUUCUGGCAGAGAAAGUUAUGGAGGUCAAUGGAGAUUGAGGCUAAUGAGGGGGUACGAGAUAUAUAGCAUAUGCACAGAGAGAGAGAAAGAGAGAGAGAGAGAAAUCACCUCAGAAUCAAACCAUAAGACACUGAGUACGUAAAAAAUGCAGAAACAAUAAGCUUAAGUAAUUUAGUAAUCAGUUCAUAUGCUAAUGCUAAACAUGAACAAAUGACAGGGGAUAGCCUAUGGUUAGCAUAAUCAUUAUUCUUAUUUAAAUAUUGACUUAAAUGCUCAAUGAUGGCUACUGGUUUUCAUCCUAUUUCCAUUCUAUGGCUUAUCGGAUUCCCAUGUUCCUUUGCUUCCAUAUUGUUGUUUUGUUUUUGUUUUUUUAGCUUUUUUUGUUGGUUUCUCAUUUUAUAUGAACGUUAGUUGCUGUUAUUUAAAAUGUUUCUAAGGUUCAAGCACAAUUGCUUUCCACUUUUCACCUUCCUGACUUGAAAUAAAAAAGUGACAGCUUGAAUGUAGUUCUGGAAAAAGUUAGCAAGGUUAGCCUAAUGCUGCUAGCAGAGCUACGCAUGUCCUAGCAUGUCAGAUGAACGUAAGAUGCAGAACUAGUGUCAGCAAUUAUUUCCCUCCUGAAGACAUAAAACAAGCGCUGUCUGUUAACUUCUUCUGUUUUCUUCAACAUGGUUUCAAUCAACUAUCAGUCACUUUAAUAAGACCAUUUCUACUUAGUUCAAAUGAGUAAAACUACGACUUUUGGCGACAGAAACAAAAGUCUGCUGAUCUAAUCUACUGCACACUGUAGGGGUGGAGAAUGGACAUUGUAUGCAUGGCGUGUUUUAAAUUUUAAAAAAUGAAGUGCAAUUCUCAACUCAGAAUCCCAAAGAUGUUCCAUGAAACCCAUUCAUGUUUACUGUACCAAAAGGUGGGCUGGGGUGGAGAGCAUGAAUGUGAAGGACACGGCUGCUGUGCCUUGUGUGAAGAAGAGGCAGAACGCACCUGUAGAUAAUGUACAGAUUUCACAGGCAGCGAGACAACAAUUUUGUGUUUCCAGUGUUUUGUGUGGAAUAUUCUGUGCUGCAAGAAUUCUGGUUUCAUAUUAUCGUGGUGAACGUUGGGUGAUCAUUACAUUUGCAGCACGAUAUAAAAAAAGCAAUCUGCACUUCUGGGGAACAUCGUGGCGUGCUGAAUAACAGAAUCACUGAACGGAAAAGGCAAACUUAGUUUACCCUCGCAGAGAGAAAAUACACUCAUUUGAAAUCCAAUUAGUUUCAGUGUAGUGUUUGUCAGUGUAGAGCGAGAAAACACAAUAUAUACAAAUAAACAAAACAUAGUUUAACAAAGCUUAAAAUGUGGUUGAUAGUCUUGCUUCUGUUUUAUUACAGUUCUAUUUAAGUGCUUUUUAGUUUGCCUAUGUUAAUUUAUAUAUAUGUGGAUAAAACUAUGUGUACUUUAACAUGAAAACAAAAACAGAGUAAUAUUUUUCUAAGCCGGUGAUGGGACCCAUUUUUCAUCCUUUGUCAUACUUCGCUUCACACCAGAGAGAAUAUGAUAUGAUUUCACUGAGCCUUGCAGUGGCCGGGCUGGAAAUGACCUCAUGUGCUAUCAGAGGGGUGGCUUUGCCAAGAGAACAGGAUGAAACAUCUUCACAGGAUGUUUUAAAUUUCAGCUGCUCUUGUAAACAUAAAGGUGCUACAAAGGGUUCUUUGAGGCAACGUUCACACAGCAGGUAAAAUGAACCAAAUCGGAUCUUUUUAAUCACAUGAGAAAGAAAAACAAUCUGAAUCUGACUUUUUUUUAAUAGAAAAGAGUUGUGCCACCUUAAUAUGUGGUAUUGAAAUCUAAUAUAAAUCCAAAACAGCAAUGCAGCUGAAUCAUAGACAGUAUAUAAAAGAGUGUACAACAGCGUAUAGCAAUACUGUAGCGCAAAACAUGUCCAAAAUGAAACUGCCAAAAAGAUAUUUGCACAGUAGAGCCAAAGUAUGUGCAGUAGAAGAGGGAGAAGAGGCAGUGUGAUCCCCAACCCACUACAUUCACAUUACCAGGCUGAAGUGACUCAAAUCAAAGUUUUUAUCAAUGUGGCUCAGAUCAGAUUUUUUCACGGCUGUGUGAACGUGCCAAAUUAUUUUUUUCAAAUCAGAUGCUUACUUAUCCAUUUCACCUUUAUAAAGCUACAAGUCGUCUCUCAAAUAUGACGUUUUGUUGUUGGUGAAGAAGGCAACGUUCAUCAAUGUGCGCAUAUGAGACGUUUUAGGGACAGAUUCGUUCACAUUACAAAUAGAUACAGCUUACUUACAAUUGUGAAUGUUAACCAUCAGGAUAUCCAAAUCCAAUCUGAACAAAAAAAAAAUGGAUUUAAGCAAUCUGGCUUGUAAUGUGGGGCCACCAAAUAACACUUAUAUUUAUAGAUAUUCAUAAAGGGCAGGGCUCUUUUAAGGCAUUUGGGAGCCACAAGCAAAACCUAUUGAUGUUAACCUAUCUGCUGCUAAAUUACACUAUUUGCACAAGACAUGUAGACCUAAUUUAUCCAGUGACGUUUCAUAUUUUGCCGGCUGCAGGAAUCACAAACUUGGCUGGCUACUGUCAGCAACUAGUGGGAGGAGCCCACUAUUCAACUAGUCGUUGUAUUUUCCAGCAUUUAUCAUCACAGAAUUUAAAGGGGCGCUCACACAUUUUGUCUUUGCAUUUAAUUCGCCAGGCCAGCUUGGGGCCCUAGGCAAUUGAUUGGUUUGCUUGCCUUGUUGCAAAGGACCUGACAGAGGGGUAUGACAACAAGUUUUGUAUCCAGAAAAUGAAGGGCAUAAGUAAAAUGUUUCAUGAAACGUUGUCAACUAGUUCACUUUCAUAUUAUACAGUCUCUGAUCUGAUCAGAUAGAUCAGAUUAGCUGUUUAUGUCAAACCAACUCAAUAUUUAUCAUAAAUGCAUUCAGAAAAGAAGGAAAAAUGAAUGACAGCUGUGAUGACCACACUGAGACCCAGCAUUAAAAGCUUUGCCCUCUUAAAAUAUCUCUUUCUCUCUCUCUAUUAUAAUACUACACUACAUCUCUGAAUUUGCAGCCACUUUUGCAUGACUAUUAUCAAAGUGGCUGUUAAUCUAACCUUUGAUUGUUUACCAGUGGGUGAGGGGGACACAUAAAGCAGUUGGGCUACGUGAAUGUAGCCUUUGUGAUGCUUUACUGUAGAAGAACCGAUUGCUCAAGGGUCCAAUAGUGGCAGCAUAGUGAAUCUUGGUCACAAACCAAUAUCCUAGUGAUCAAAAACCCAGUCGGAGUACAAGGUCUGUACUAUUACGGUUUAACUCCCCUGGAGCAGUGAGGAUAGGGUCUUUGCUCUGGGGCAACUUGCUGUUUUUUUAUGGAAGGAAGCAAAAUGUUUCUUCUCUGGCAUCACUCAAAGAACCCUUUGUAGCACCUUUAUCUACUGUAAUUGUAAUAGUAUGAUAUAUGUACUGUAAUUAAGACAUUUUCCAUUAAGAAUCCCAUGUCUUUGAAAUGUAUCAGGUGAAACUUAGUAAUUUCAUUUGAACAUUAUCUAACUACUAAAAUUACACUCAUUCAUUACAUUAUAAUGGCGUUAUCGAGCCACUCUUUCACCUCAUGUCGGUCUCUCCUGAAGCUCCACAGAGCAGUGAGUAGUUGCACUGAGUUUUAUCUGUUUCUUGAGUAUCUUUGUAAAAGAGAACAACCUGCUGUACAAAAUAAUCCCAGUGAACUUGUUUUAAAUUGUGCUCAGGUAUGUCUGACCAGACCCCCAAAAGAGAGGACGAGGGUCUCCAGUUGUCGUAGUGGCAGUACACGCGGGGCCAUGCGUCACAGCGUGCUGCUAAGUUGUGUGGGUGAUAGGAAUAGCAUUACUGCACAUCCAAGUGUCUUAUUUGUGUGUAUCAAAGGGAUAGCAGUUACAGUUAUCAACAUCUAGUUUAAUGGAUUCAAUAUUUAUCGUAAUUUUUUGUAUGUUUGGUGUGGUACACUGGUUAAAAAUAAUGUACUGAUCUGAAUACUUAAUCUCUAAAAAAAAAAAAAAAGACAUUAGACUUUUGUGUUAGCAGUAAGCCGUAGGGGUGGCAGGCAGGAGUGUGUGUGUAGCACUCUGCACAACACGAUGGCAAUUAGUCUCAUAUUCAUAUGAGACAUUUAUGGUGCUUUGAAUAAAGGCAUGACUAAACCAA